AUGAGCAGCAAAGUCUCCCGCGACACCCUCUACGAGGCGGUGCGGGAAGUCCUGCACGGGAACCAGCAGGAAAGUUUCCGCGCUUGCGCUGGAAAGUUUUUGGAGACGGUGGAGCUUCAGAUCAGCCUGAAGAAAUAUGACCCUCAGAAGGACAAACGUUUCUCGGGCACCUUCAGGCUUAAGUCCACUCCCCGCCCCAAGUUCUCCGUGUGUGUCUUGGGGGACCAGCAGCAUUGUGAUGAAGCCAAGGCUGUGGAUAUCCCCCACAUGGACAUCGAGGCACUGAAAAAACUCAACAAGAAUAAGAAACUGGUCAAGAAGCUGGCCAAGAAAUAUGAUGCCUUUUUGGCUUCAGAGUCUCUGAUCAAGCAGAUCUCCCGAAUCCUGGGCCCAGGCCUGAACAAGGCUGGCAAGUUCCCUUCCUUGCUGACCCACAAUGAGAACAUGGUGGCCAAAGUUGAUGAAGUGAAGUCCACGAUCAAGUUGCAGAUGAAGAAGGUGCUGUGUCUGGCAGUGGCUGUUGGCCACGUGAAGAUGACAGAUGAUGAGCUUGUGUACAACAUCCACUUAGCUGUCAACUUCCUGGUAUCAUUGCUCAAGAAAAAUUGGCAGAACGUCAGAGCCGUGUACAUUAAGAGCACCAUGGGCAAGCCCCAGCGUCUGUACUAA